UGUUUUCGCACAGACUAUGGCCUGAAACAAAAAACUUGUUGUGUUUACAAUUUGUUUAAGACAAUUGCCAGCGCCCUGCCUUGCCCGUGUUUUUUACUCCAGCCUUGCAACCGGAUUUCAUUCUCAUUUGUCCCACGCAACUCCUAUAUUAUAUUUGACACCAACUGUUUGCUUGGUCCGUGCCUGUUCCCACUGGAAUAAAAUAACAUUUUGCAUCGCAAUGUGUUGUCAUGUGGGCGCGGCAGGGCCCGUGUUUGGCCGAUUGAAUGGCCUGCGCUUGCGGACCAAUCGUGUUCAAACUGGCAUGCACGACGAAGAGAUGAACACAAGCCAGACAGACAACAAAACCAGGCCGACAGGUUUGUAUGGCACAGGGCUUUGCAAACAUGUUUACAUCAAAGGUUCUUUUGGACAUGACAACAAGACCAAGAAUGAACAACUACACAUUUGCCACCGUUUUUCGUCCACGCGUGGCUUCCGAGAGGUACUUUGCAGCGAGCAUGAAACACAUUUCUUCUUCACAUUGUGCAUUUUUGUGUUGACCGGCAACCGAGGGGCAAUUGGUUUUCUCCUCCGGUCAUCAUCCUCAUUUGUGCAACGGCCGCGUUGGAAACGCUACAAUCUCACAGCGGAAGGGGCUGGAUGCAAAACAGUGACCCUGACAGAUGACGGCUACAGCAUUGAAUCAGACACUCCAAAAUCUACAGGAGGCUCCGGCACAGCCCCACAGCCAGUGCAGCUUUUGUUGGCAGCUUUGGUCGGUUGUGAACAAGCUACAGCCAAAUUUGUUGCUAUGAAGAUGCGGGUGCCUCCGAUCCGGCGCAUUCAGUUUCUUGGUGUUGAUGACGCAACUUGGAUUCCAGUGUGGUGGCCGCUAAAACGGCCAGGACUAAUGACUAACCCUGUGAUGCACAAAUUUGUAUAUAUAAACAAGACGACCCGCCCAACCAGGUUUGAACUUCAUGCCGAACGCGAUGAAUGGGGAAGCUUAGCCGGCCCCAUUGACCAACACCCACUACAGCCAAGCAGAUUGCAGAGGAUUUGGGGCACCGCACAUGUCUACAGUGAUGCGAACGCGAGUCAAAUCCGUGCCAUUUCAGAAGCCGUGAAAAAACGCUGCCCAGUUGCAAGCAUGGUCAUUGAAUCAGGUUGUGAGUUAGAUGUCCGGUGGGUCAAGGCAGACGAGUGACACCCAGCACAUGCUACAGCUUGGAACAGUGGCCUCAAGCUUGCGCUUUGAACAUCAUGAAGUCAUGCCCAUCACAUUCUGCUGCGAUCCCGCUGCGGAAGAUGGUGCCGAAGAUGAAGGCUGUAUGGCAUACCGGCCAUCAGCACUUGCUCAAACAUUUGAUGGCUGUUAUAACCAGAGUUCUUUACACAUUUGACCGCCAAACACUUCACAGGUUUCAUGCCCUCCGAUUGCUGGUUUUCACAAAAUGGGCCAUGCGGCGGAGCAGACGGGCAAAGACAAUCAAAAUACAUGCACAACCUACUCUUCUCACCAAGGUCGUAGGUAGAUGUAGGUUUU